CGAGGGGAAAAGCCGCCGUCUCUGCCUCUGCCUCCGAGCGGAGUCACGACUUCCAAAGUUAAAGAGAAAGAGGUCCACGGAAAAAGCUGACCCGGCGAAACUCGCUGCUCUUCCCCCGGACAUAUAGUUUCCUCAGCCGUUUCCCGCACCUCCGGAGCGAGGAACGAGUUUUUCGCAGGACCCGGGGAACGGGCAGAGCUCGAGUCUUUGGUCCCCCUUCAGUUCCAGGCAUCUUUGAGCGAUGUUUGACAAGCAGCACUAUGAGAGUCCACCUGUGUACAGUCCUCCUUUCACCCCUCCGUCCAACAACGGCUUUGGCCCUCCGGGCAGCUUCCACGGCCCUCAGAGUGAAUACAACGCGUAUCCUCCUCCGCCGGGAUCUUACUACAUUGAGGAAAAACCGCAGCACUUCUACAAAUGGCUGUCUCCUCCCGGUAUCAUCAAGGCCAUGAUGGCUGUGGUGAUUAUGCUGUGUGUGGCGAUAUUCGCCUGCGUGGCCUCCACCCUCAUGUGGGACAUCCAGUAUGGAUAUGGUAUGGGCUACUACGGUUCUGGGAUGGGCUACGGCAGCGGAUACAGUGGGAGCAGCUAUGGGUCGGGAUAUGGAGGUUACGGGGGUUAUGGAGGCUACGGCAACUACUACGGCUCCUACAUCUCGCCUUACUCGGCCAAAACCGCCAUGAUUGCCAUGGCAGCCAUUAACUUCAUAGGAGCACUGGCAUUCUUCAUCACCAGCUUCUCCAAAUCCAACAUGGUCCGCAGCAGGAAGUUCUUUCUGGCCCUCCUGAUAACCAGCGUCAUCAUGGCCGUCCUGCAGGGCAUCAUAAACAUUGUCUACAUUGUCGGAGUGAACCCCAUGGCCCAGGGCUCCUCCAGUAUGAUGUACAAUCCGAUGCUCAUGAUGUGCCAGAACCUCUACCAGACCAGCUACUCCCAGAUGGGAGGAGUGGGAGGCUUCCCCAUGUACAACCAGUACCUCUACCAUUACUGCUUUGUGGACCCACAGGAGGGAGUUGCUAUGGUGUGUGGAUUCCUGGUUGUAAUCGCUUUUGGUGUUGCGGCUUUCUUUGCGCACAAAACUAGAGGGAAGAUCUGGCGCUACGGGAAACCAAACAUCUACUGGGAGGAGCCCCUGGUCGGAGGGAAGGCCUCAGAGGGCAGAGAUGUCGAGGAAUGGGUGAACAAUGUGGAGGAAAGCCGCAGUGUUCAGGAUGCCCCUACCCUGCUGGUGUCCGAGAAGGGAGGCGGGCUGCUCAACGCCUCACCAAACAGUGUCAUCUCCUACUCCCCAGCCAAAGUGGAGAGCAGCUCCUAUAAUGGGGACACGUACAACAACGAGUACUCCGAGAGGACCAUCAGCCGGCCAUUGGAGGCCCUCUCCCACGGUGGAGGGACCAGCUCGACCCCCUCGGAGGAGACGGGAGGGGGCCGCAAACCCUCUGCCAACAGGGGCAAGAGACGCAGACGUAACCCAGAGCUGGACGAGUCUCAGUACGAGACAGAGUACACCACAGGAGGAGAGACAGGCAAUGAACUUGACGGAGAUGAAUGGGAUAGUGUCUAUCCGGAGAUUACAUCUGAUGUUCAGCGUCAUGAUUAUAAGAGAGAGUUUGAUGCCGACCUCAGGGAGUACAAGCGCCUGUGUGCUGAGAUGGACGACAUCAAUGAUCAGUUGAACAAACUCAGCCGGCAGUUGGACACACUGGACGACACUUCUGCCAAGUACCAGGCUGCAGCAGAGGAAUAUAAUCAACUAAAGGAUCUGAAGCAGACAUCAGACUAUCAGUCUAAGAAGAGGGAGUGUCGCAGGCUGAGACACAAACUGUUCCACAUCAAACGCAUGGUGAAGGACUACGACAAGACCCACUAAUGAAUCCACUCGGUCCUGACUUUCAGCUCUGCCUUCUGCACAGCAAACACUCACAGACAUGGGCCAAGAUACACUCCAAAAUAGCGCGAAGACUCUUGUGUCAUGCUGAGACCAAAGUUACCUGCACAGCACCUACACACAUUGGAUACAGAGGGGCACAUUUACACACACACACACACACACACACACACACACGGACACACACAUAGGGAACAUACUGUAUGUUAAUAAUAAUGAUCUAAACUUCUGUUUCCUUCAUUCUCUCUGAUUGGAAAAAUACGACUAACUAGUUGUUUUUUUUUUGAAGAAAAUGGAAACAGGACCCUCAGUUGUAGCCAUUUUCACAGCAAACACUGCCAUUUUCCUGAAGAUCCAGCUCAUUGUUUGCAGUGUGCAGCCACUUCAAAGGGUGUUUGAAAGUCACCUGACAUUCAGUCACCUGUGAUAACACCAUGCUUGGUUUCUCUCGCACUGUUUGCUACCCAAAUGGGCAACUUUUCUUUGUUUUAUCGCCACAGAUAAGAGGGGAAACAGUAUUGUAGAGAAUGUAGAAAUGGGCGAGACAGGUUGCUGGGAUUGUUUGCUAGCAAAUAUGGAGUUUCUUUUAUCCCUUGGAAUGGCGUUAUCUUUGUCGCAAGUUCACUUUAGUCGUGCUUUUCUCAUCUUCUUGCCUCAGUGUUUGUAACUAACUUCAGUGUCAGUGAAGUUAACUGCUCUCUGCCGGGACCGUGUGUAUUCUCCAAUACACUGGAUUUCUGUCUGAACUAAGAUGUUGAUACUGAUUGUCAUAGAUGCCGUGAGACCAAAAAAGGGGACAAACUGGGCAAGGAGAUAUGUGUGACGUUGCGUUGUAUAUACAUCUAAUGAAUCUUGUUCAUAGCACGUACCGAGAACAAAUUUACUAUGUAUCUGCCUAUUAGAUUCAGCAGAUAUCUUAGCAUUUGUGAUGACGUUAUCUGUUAGUUGUACAAACUAAAGAACCAUAGUGACCUGUUUUUUUUAAUUUUUUUUUUUAAUCAGUGGUCAUUCAAAAUGCUUAAGCUAUGCAAAAUAGUAAAAAUAGACUAUUUUUACAUUGUUUAUCAUGCAUGCUCCUCAACAAACUGGAAAACAUGUCUCACUGUUUCUGUCUAUAAGCUGAGCGCAUCUUUUCAUUUGAUUCUUCACCAAUGAAAAUUGUGAUCAUCAUCAUCAUCAGUAAUUUUGCAUUAAUCCACUUCAUGUACAAAGUGUUACGAUCUACUGUACAUUAUGAAAUCGUUCAGACGCACUUUUGAUUUGUCAUGCAUUUGUAUUUUUAAGAAGAACAUUGUUGUCAUUUUACAAACCAUUUGCGAGCCAUUUAUUUUUGUAUGAAUUUAUUUUCUUUGAUGCUAUUAUAAAUGACCAUUUUUUAUAACUGUAUACUUCCAUGUGGUAUGAUGUCUAAAAAGUAUU